UUGUCGACUUGUUGAUCAGUAAUGAAGAUGGCGGACGUAAUAUACGAGUAACUCGUGUUUGCUUCGGUACGCGCGUUUAACGAUUGUUCGAACAGUCGCGUUGACAUAUUGUGUGCUGUGUGUGUGUGUGUGCAUGCAUAUGCGUGCGUACGUGAAGUAAAUUUCAAUUAAUAAAAUAUGUUCGAAAUUUGUUGAAUAUGAGUGGAGAAGCGGAUUCGGCAGGCCAGAUCUGCGAGAAUUCGCUUACGACCUUGAAAGACGAGGUCGAUCCUGAGAAACUUCCUCCAAGAACGAUAUCACAUACUACCAGAAGAUCACGAUUCGGUACAGGCAACGUUCCACUCUCCCCUUAUAUAUUAAUUGAUGGGAAAAAAUUACGGAGUUCUUUGGCAUUGAGCAAAAGAAAGUUACCGCGGCGUGUGAGUUUUCCAACAAAUGACAAUCUCUUGGUUACGGGAUAUUUGGAACCGGCCAAUCCAUGGAAACUCGCUGAAAAUGUGAACCUUGAAGAUUUAAUCGUGGCAUAUAAAGAAUCCUGUAUAAGACAUAAUGCAGAUGCUCUGGAAACUGUUAUAAAUCAACUAGAGACUUUAGAUAUAUCUAAAGCACGAAAUGAAGAACUAAAUUUAAAAGGACAGAAAUUGGAUCCUAAUCAUGCAGAAGCAUUGGAAGAAAUUUUUAAAAGAGUUCAAUUUAAUAAAGUUGAUUUAGAAGCCACAUCUUUGAACGAUGAGAGUGCUGUGAUAUUAUUUGAUAUGAUAGAGUAUUAUGAAUCUGCAAAACACUUAAAUAUUUCAUCUAAUAAGGACAUUGGGAUUCAUGGCUGGCAAGCAUGUGCAAAUAUGAUAAGAAAGACCCAAUGUUUAGAACAUCUUGAAGCUAAGGAUAUAAUACUUAAUGAACAAUACAUGAAUAUCUUGAGUCGUGCAUUACCAUUAGUCUGCCAUCUACAUGUGCUUAAAUUAGAAAAUUGUGGGCUUUCAGGGAGAUGUAUCAUCACACUAGUUGCAGCAUUAAAAAUGAACACUGGAAUAAGAGAACUUUAUUUAGCUGACAAUAAUUUAAAUUUAUAUGAUGCAAUACAGCUUGGUUCUCUUCUUAGGUUAAAUAAUCACAUACAACUACUUGAUGUUAGUAACAACAUCAUCCAAGAUGAUGGUGUACGUGAUAUGUUAGAGGGUCUCAUCAACCAAAUAAAUGAAGACAAGAGUGGUAAAGGUUUAAAUAUAUUAGUAUUAUGGAAUAACCAACUUACAAAAAAAUCAUCUCCUUACUUCGCACGCAUUAUAGCAUUGUCUAAAACAUUGGAAACAUUAAACAUUGGUAAAAACAUGUUGACUGAUGAAUUAUUAUUUGCUAUUAAAGAUGCACUGAAAAAGAACCGUGUUUUACUACAAUUGGGAAUACAGGCAACUGAUCUUACAUGCGACGGAAUUGUUACAUUAUCAGAGAUUAUUGAAAUAAAUCAAAUUUUACAAAGGAUAGAUUUACGAAAUAAUAAUAUUCAAUUAACUGGAAUGCAAGCUCUCAGUUCUGCUAUGAAAAAAAAUAAAAGUAUUACUAAAAUAGAUUUGGACGAUGAACCUAACAUGGAUAUAGUUCUAACCCAGACCUUGCAACAGUAUAUGCAGUUUGUAGCCGAAAUUCGAAGCAGUUGUUCAGAAAACGCGCAAAGUCGUACUUUAGAAGAAAAUAUCGAAGGUUUUCAAAGUUCAUUUCAUAGCAGAUUCUGUAGUACAAUCUCCCGUAAAAUUUCGCUUACUUGUCAAACACUGCCAUGUUCUUUAUCAUCCAUGAUUGCGAUACAAAAAGACGAAUCUGGACGAUCAAUGCUCGAACCAAAACGUAUUAAUGGAGGUCGUCUUCGUUCCCCAAUUCCUAGUCCAGCCUCUUCACCCGUAGUCAGUCCAGUACCAAGUCCUUCUCGAAGUCGGUUUGUGGUGUCUCGAGUUCCAGAAGCGUCAUGUUCUACAGAAUCCCCAGUAUCUUCGUCACCAGUUGUUCUUUCAUCCCUUGGAUCAUCACCUACCUAUGUUACUUCUUCUGCAAGUGGGCCAUCUAGAUUUCGUGUUUCAGUUGUUGAAUCAGCAAAUGUAUCUUUACCUAAACCUAUUGUUACCACAACUGAUACUGAUCUUAUUGAUUUAAAUUGCAAAAUUAGUACAGACGAAUCAGUUGAUUUGAAUGACUUUGAUAAUGUAUUUAUAUCUGAAUCAAAAACGAGUAAUGAUCAAAAUGCUGAAUGUUUAGAAAAAACUUCCAACAAUGUAUCUUGCUUAGAUUCAAAUUUAGUCAAGAAAACAGAUACGUCAUUAAUAUCUGAAUGUUCUAAUAUAGAAAAAUUAAAUACAGAUCAAUGUCUUGAUAAGGCCGCUUUCCAAACUGAACCCGAUGACAAAGUAAGCUCUAGUACUUUAGAAGAUAAAGAAUAUAAUGAUGUACUGAGUAAUCAAAAUACUGCUUCAAUACAAUUGGGAAAUGUUAUGGCAACAGGAAAUAUACAGGACGUAAAAAAUUAUCACGAUGAAGAUACACAGAAUGCACCAAUAUCUGUAAAUAUAAACAAAAGUGAUAAAAAUGAUAAAAAUUCUAACUGUACUGUAAUGGACGAUAAGCCGGUAACUAUUGAUAAAGACAAUGUGGCAGAAAAGUUAACAAACACUUCUUAUGACGAGAGUAUACAAUUACAUUCACAAACAAAACACGAUCCUUACAUGCAAAAAAGUAGUUCUAAUUUAGGAAAGCUACUUGCAUUAUUUCAACAUCCUAGCUGUUUCUUUUCUGAUUCUGCGCCUAUUAAUCAGAUGAAAUCUAAAAACACGUUGCAAGGUAGUAUAAGCAGCAUGAUGACGCUCGGAGACAAAUUCCAUUAUUAUAUAAAGGACAAGAAAGAUAAAAUUUACAGUCGUGAAACAGAAGCGUCUUUGUUGGCACUGAAAAACAAAUCGACAAGAUUUUUCAAUCUGUCUCAAAUACCAAGUUUACAAACCUUAACAAACAUGGUUCCAUCAUUUAAAUUUGAAGGUAAUUUAAAUGAUUCUAGACAGAGCAAUGAGUCUUACUCCAAAGAUGUAGAUCUUUUACUUCAAGAAGAUUAUGAUAAUAAUUUAACUGAUUCAAAAGAAGAAUAUGAAGAUAAUAAUGAUGAUAAUAAUGAUGAUAAUAAUAAAACCGAGGAAUUAAAUGUACAUUCGAAAGAACAAGAAAUUAGUGUUCCAAAUCUGAAUGACCAGUUAGUACCAGAAAAUAUACGAUCAAAGUAUAGUGCUGGGAUUACUGAUAAAAAUGUAAUAUUAACUGCAAAUUGCAUCGUUUCGAAUGUAAUUGAUACGUGUUAUAAAAUUGUGAAUAGUAGGUCAUCGAAGCAUGUCUCAGAUAACAAAAUGAUUGUACCUGUACCUAAGUUAAUAGGUAUACCUGAAUAUUCUGCUUUAAAAGCAGUUAAAAGUGAUGUAAAGAAAGGAAAUAUAACGAAAACAUUAGACAAAGUAGAUUCCAUAUUGAUAGAAGAAAUGAGUAAUAAAACUUCAACAAACAGUAUUAAUUUUACUAGUGAUAGCGAUUCCUUAUCUUGUAGCAUAAUGUAUGGAGUAAGCAAUGAUACAAAUACUGUAAAUAAAUCUGACAGAAUGCGCAGUUUAGUAAUAUUAAAUUUAGACGCAAAAGAUAAUAUUGAGAAUAAUUCUACUUUUAAUGUAAAUAAUACGGAAGAUAAUUCGGCAUGUUUUGUAUGCGAUGGGAAACAUACGUAUUAUAACACGCUGAAGACAAACGUGGAAUCAAAUUCUUCUAAUAAUUGUUUGAAUAAUGAAGUUAUUGGAAUACAUAGUUUUGGUAGUAAUAAGGAUAAAAAUGUUUGUACAGAUAAUCAUAAUAUGCCAAGCAAUGAAGUAGAAAAAUUAAAUGUAUUUUGUGUAAAUAAUAGUACGCAUUGGAGAAAUGCAACUGUAAAUAAUACAUCUGAAACAAAGAUAUCAAAUAUAAAUUGUACAUGUAAAGAUACUAAUUUUGACUUUAGGAAUGAUAGUAAUACACAGUUAUGUACUUUGAUACUUUAUAAAGAUAUAAGAGCACCAAUUAUGCAGAGAAUGAUACAAACAUUUAUUACAAAGAAAACAGAUGUUAAUAAUUUUAUUAUGGAAAGUACUAGUACAGUUAGAAAAGCAAACAUUGUUAUGCCUAUACCAAAAACGUACUCUUAUAUAACAAACGUUAAUAGGUCUGUUCUUAGAGAUCUGAUACAUUGUAUAAAAGAUAUCUCAAUCAGUGAGAUGUCAGAUAAAGAAAAUAUUCCUUCCAACAACUGGCCAGACAAUGCUGUUAAAAUAAAGACUUCAUUUUAUAAUUCAGCUCAAAUAUGUUAUUCAUCUACGAAUGCUAUAACUGGAACAUCAGAAAAUAUUCAUAAAAAUGAUCGACUUAUCGAAGUUGAAGAUGAUAUUUCUAUAAAUGAUAAUGUUGAAAAAAGUAUGCAUUUUGACAAGAGAAAAUUUCAAGAAUGUGAUAAUUUUAAAAUUGAUUCCGAAUGUCCUUCUACAUGCAUAAAAGUAGAUUCUAAUGUCCAUUUGAAGAGAGACGUGCCUUGCUUAGAAACAAAUGAUACGGAGAAUAAUUCCUCAGAAAAUAUUCAUACGCUCAGUAAUUUUGAACCAACUACUACUCAACAUUUAAAAUGUACAAAUUCAAAUGACACAAAUGAGACAGCUCAUAAAUAUUUUAAUGCAAUCAAAUGUGCAGUUGCCACAACUAUGUGUUCAACGAGUACAGUGAACACGGCAAGCAAUAAGACAAUUAAAAUUAUUUCUGAUCAAAGUACUAAAAUUGCUGAAUCUUCAUCAGUAAUUCAUGCAACAAGCACAAAAUAAGACAAAAGACAGUGAUGAUGAUGAAGAAGAAGAAGAAGAAGAAAGUGAAGAAGAAAAUGAAGAUAUGGAAUUAGAAAGAAGAAAAUAUAUUGAAGAAAAUAACAGUUUAUAUGAUUUUAAUAUUGAUGAAAUCGACGAAUUUGAAACGUUGGAUCUUGAACCAGAGUAUCAACGAUAUGCAAAGUGGAAGAUUUGAAAGAUGUUAUUCAAAAGUUAUUAAAAGUGGGUGAUAUUCAUGUACAGUAGAAUUUUGGAAUUCUAUGGAAUUGUUUUAAGAAAUGUAUAUUCUACAAAAGAAGACAAAUAGGUAAUUCUUGUCUAUCUGUCAUAUAGAAUAAUCUAGACAAUUCACAAUUAGGUUUUCUCAGCUUU